GGCAGCAACGACAGAGCAUCGAGAUCACCGCGUUCGGAUGAUCAGCGCGAGAUCAGCGAUAUGCCGGCCACCAAACGAUCGCGCUCCGACUCGGUAAUUGCAGACUUCAUAAACGCACGAUGAACUCUAACUCAGACUGUGAGGUGUGAGGUGAGGUGAGAGUCAAACAAAUCGAUUUGAGAGUCAGUCUAUCGCCAAAAAAUCGAAAAAGGCGCGAUCCCCAGUCGAUAAACGAAACGAAAACGAUUACAUAUAUGCUAAAUAACGAAAGCGAAAGCGCAAUGAAAUGCGUAUGCGUAUUGUUGUUAAAUCUAGGGCAUCAGUGAGUCCUGAAAACAAAACCGAAACCGAAACGAGUCGACGAAUCGCCAGAACUAAUCCAAAAUGCAUAUAUAACUAUUAUCUCUCUCUUUCUCUUUCUUCUAUAUCUCUCUUUUUUAGUUCUCGUAAGCGUUUUUCUCCUUUUAAGUUUGUUCCGCCUAAGACAUAAGUUUUAUCGAGCUCAAGAUCGAGUUCGCAAUCGAAAUCGAAAACGAGGUAUUCGAGAUCGCGGGUAUUCGAGAUCGAGAGAGAGAUGACCAAUUAGAUAACUCCACUACUACUCUACUACCAAUCUACUACUACUACCAAUCAGCCACAAAACAACCAAGCCCAACCAGUACAUCGACAUUAAUCCGCUUCUAACCACCUCGCCACCACGUCGUCGUGUGCCGCCAGCCGGGGACUGAUCCGGGUCCCGAUCCUGAGAUUCCCGAGACUCUGAUUCUGGCUCCGGUCCUGUCCUGGUUGCAUUUACAUUAAGUACCAAUGAUUUUGUGUUUUGCCUUAGCUAGUUCAGAUCAACCAACCAAUCGUCCGUCCUGUCAUUUGUCCGAUUUGUUAAAAUGGGGUACCGAGCAUCCAACUAAUCAGUCUUUAAGUAAACGAUCUUUCCGAUCAACAUCCGCAUCUAGUAAUUCAAUAAAUUAAGACCCAUGGGUCUAGCUCCUUGCGAGCUUCUAUCUUCCUAGAAGAAACAUUAACCAUGGGUAGAUAACAGCUUUUUGUAGGUAGGGCGGUGGAGAACCUAACCAACUUAAACAUAUUGUUGCUCUUAUUAUCGUUUCAGCGUCUUGUUUUCUUUUUUUUAUUUUUCUCUUUUUAUCACUGAGCAAUGUAAAAUGUGUGUGACCCUUCUUCAAGUCAGUUACCGCGCCCCCAACUCAUGGAAAUCGAAUACGAAAACCGCACCUAAGGUUGCUUAUAAUUUCUAAUUUUUAUAAACUACUCGCCAGAGCUGAGCACACACGAGGAGAUCGGCAAAUCCCCAAAGGCCCAGCCCGCGCUUUUUUGUUCUCACUUCAUUUGGAGGGGAUUCCCCGGAUGUCCUGCUGUGUGCCCAGUUCGCCUUGUCCAGCGGAUGAAUUUUGAUUUGAUAUACAUUACACAUAACCCGACACAUUACUACCUCCUAUUUUAUAUAUGUAUAUGGUAUAUGUAUAUAUGAUAACCACACUUGCAUCACAUACACUACGUAUAUCAAUCAAUUGCCUACCGAUAAGCGAAUAUGUUUUAUUUGACGGGAGCUUUCUCUUUUUAUUCUUGCAUUUUCCAGCCUUGACAAAUAAAUGACAAAAACUCAAGCCCCUCUGCAUAAACGAUAGACUCAUAGAAAGACUCUCAUCCAACGCAAAAGAAACGAAAAGUGAAAUAUGCAUUAAACUUAAGUAUCCAAUAAUCAAUGAUCAAGUUAUAGCGACAUUAUGUACCGAUUGAUACCCAUCGAUACGCGCUCCAAAUAUCCCAACUGAUCCGCUCGAGGAGCCACUAUAUGAUUAACAAUUUGUUUUCUUAUUUUUUCCUUUUUGUCUUCAUCUUUCUUGCAGGCAGCAGGCAGUUUUUGUCUUUAUUUAAGCGGUUUCAAACGCAAUCUCUUGACCAAUUUGUCUGUCCCAUGCCAAUUAUGCCUUCGGAAACAGGCAGAAAAAGAAAAAUACCGAACAAGUCAAAUGAAAAGUCGAAUCGAAUCCCAAACAAAUUGCAUAGCUGAUGAUCGAUCAACUGAACUGAACUGAACCCUCCCCCAGUAUGAGAUGCACUAAUCCCUCUUCCCAAUUCUAGGCAAGUCCACGGAUUCGAAAAUUCCCUACCUUUCGCAGCCCCUGUACGACCUCAAGCAGACGGGCGAUGUCAAGUUCGGUCCGGGCACCCGAUCGGCGCUUCUCGGCCUCUUGGGCGGCGCUCUGCCCAAGCUCUCCUCGGAGCAGCACGACCUGGUCAGCAAGGCCAAGAAGUACGCCAUGGAGCAGAGCAUCAAGAUGGUGCUCAUGAAGCAGACACUGGCCCAUCAGCAGCAGCAAUUGGCCACCCAGCGGACUCAGGUUCAGAGGCAACAGGCAUUGGCACUUAUGUGCAGAGUCUACGUGGGCAGCAUUUCUUUUGAGCUCAAAGAAGACACAAUUCGCGUGGCCUUCACUCCCUUCGGUCCAAUCAAAUCCAUCAACAUGUCUUGGGAUCCCAUCACGCAGAAGCACAAGGGUUUCGCCUUUGUGGAGUACGAGAUUCCCGAGGGCGCACAGCUGGCGCUGGAGCAGAUGAACGGAGCCCUGAUGGGCGGCAGGAACAUCAAGGUAGGACGACCCAGUAACAUGCCACAGGCCCAGCAGGUGAUCGACGAGGUGCAGGAAGAGGCCAAAAGCUUCAACCGCAUCUACGUCGCCUCCAUCCAUCCCGAUCUGUCCGAGGAGGACAUCAAGAGCGUCUUUGAGGCCUUCGGACCUAUCCUCUACUGCAAACUGGCCCAGGGCACCUCCCUGCACACGCACAAGGGUUACGGCUUCAUCGAGUAUGCCAACAAACAGGCCAUGGACGAGGCCAUCGCCAGCAUGAAUCUUUUUGAUCUGGGUGGACAGUUACUGAGAGUGGGUCGCUCGAUUACGCCGCCGAAUGCCCUUGCCUGUCCCACAACAAACUCCACGAUGCCCACGGCCGCGGCAGUGGCUGCAGCGGCGGCAACAGCCAAGAUCCAAGCCCUGGACGCGGUGGCCAGCAAUGCUGUGCUGGGCCUGUCACAGAACACUCCCGUCAUGGCAGCCGGCGCGGUGGUCACCAAGGUGGGAGCCAUGCCAGUGGUUUCUGCAGCCACAUCUGCGGCUGCUCUGCACCCUGCCUUGGCCCAGGCGGCACCUGCCCUUCUUCCGCCCGGAAUAUUCCAGGCACCCUCUCCAGUGGCGCCCAGUUUGCUGGGUGUUCCCGCUGGUCUCCAGCCUCUUCAGCCGGUGGUGCCCACUCUUCCGCCGCCCGCGCUUUUGGCCACACCCACUCUGCCCAUGUCAGUCGGUGGUGUUGGUGUGGGCAUAGUGCCCACGGUGGCCACUUUGUCGGUCGCGGAAGCCAGCAAUGGAGCCGCCGCUGCGGCUGUACUCUCGGCCGCUGCGAAUAACGCCGCUGUCACGGCAGCCAGCCUCUCGGAGAACAUCAAGAAGGCACAUGAGAAGCAGCAGGAGGAGCUGCAGAAGAAGCUGAUGGACGAGGGCGAUGUGCAGACGCUGCAGCAGCAGGAGAACAUGUCCAUCAAAGGCCAGAGCGCCAGGCAGCUGGUGAUGCAGCGGCUAAUGCGGCCGGUGGACUCACGGGUGAUCAUUCUGCGAAACAUGGUUGGUCCCGAGGAUGUGGACGAGACCCUGCAGGAGGAGAUCCAGGAGGAGUGCAGUAAAUUCGGCACCGUCAGCCGGGUGAUCAUCUUCAACGAGAAGCAGACGGAGAACGAGGACGACGACGAAGCGGAAAUCAUCGUGAAGAUCUUUGUGGAGUUCUCGGCCGGCGCGGAGGCCAUGCGAGGAAAGGAAGCGCUCGACGGCAGGUUCUUUGGCGGACGAAGAGUUGUGGCCGAGCUCUACGACCAGGGAAUAUUCGAUCAGGGAGAUCUGUCAGGCUAGAAGAGGGAGAUGAUCCCGAUCUUUGUUCUGUCAUUUUUUACGUAGCACCUAAAAACGAAAACGAUGCAAGUUUAUUUAUUACGCCAGUCCGGAGACAACCGACCAUUGUUGAGCGGCGCGGCAGCCAGAUUACAAUUAUGAUUAUGAUGAGAUGAUUCUGCAACGCAGUGAUUUAGAUUUAAAGAGAGAUCCCCGUAGCGAGGGGAGCGAUUUUCAGUGUUUUUGUAUUAUUGCUUGCCCUCGGAACACCGAAAACCACAAAAGAAAGCCCAAGCAAGCACACAACGGCCGACUAACAACGUGUACAUUUACAUUUGACUAAUUUCAGCGCUUACAAAAUAAAUAUUAGUUUUCCAUUAAAA